AUGCCGAUCCCGAAAGUUCACGGAACACCACCAAAUUCAUUGGCUCUUCGUCGAAUGCCGUUAGUUGUCAUUCCAAGAAAGCGAAAAUAUAAGAACUACGUGUCUCGUCGAAAGAAUACUCAGUUGCUGGCCAGCCUCCGUCGGUGCGUGUCCGAUCCAAACAUUUACAAAAGCUACAACCAUUGGAAAGGGCUUUCUCGUCCUUUGACUCCAGUGAAGUCAGGUGCACCAACCCCAAAAUCAACGUCUACUACAAGCAACCAGUCUCUUGUGGAGAAAAAGAAGCCUCAAUCAGUAUCAGCAACAAACUCGGUCGCAGUGAAAACGCCGAGGAAAGAUGAUGAGAACAUUUCACCCAAUGUUGCCGCAGCAGAGAUACCUUUCGGCAAUUCAUCGAUCACAAAACAAGUUUCUGGAAAGCUCACCGAACUCAAAAGCAAGAACACCGUGACGAAUUCUACUAAUAAAUCUGUUUUGCGAAUCCCAUCUACAACCAAAAUUCCUCCAAGUUCAUCUACAAAAGAGAAGCCGUCACCAUUUGCACCAGCAAUUGGAACUCAAAAAGACCCGAACAAGCCGCCCGUUAGUAAGCAAAACUCAUUUCAAAAACCGCCCCCGCCAACAUCUACAAGUGUUGCGAAGACAAAUAAGGUUCCACCAUCUCCGGAAGCAAUUCGCAAAAUUGAUGGAAUUGAAUUUUUGCCUGCCGAUACCCAACAAUCUUCGUCAACAGUUCAACCCGCAUCAGGAGCAAAGGCGCUUCGAAAAGCUUAUGGCUCAAAGAGCGGAACAACGAUUUGCGCAAUCGGUUCACCCCUCGGUGGACCAUCAACCAGCAGUUCGAAUCAACAACAAGAUGAUGAAAAACGUCUUAUCGAGAAAAAAUUGUCACUGCGGCGAAAAAAGAACGAAACCAGUCGAGAAGGUGGUGUUCUAGCAGUUUCGAAAUCCGGAAUCGAGCUGGUCAAAGAGCAAACGGACGAGCAAAAAGCAAAAAAGACGGUCAACGCCGUUGCAGCAGCUUUUUCAGUAUUGCAAGAUGAACCAGCAUCGAAUCAAACUGCAAAAGAUGCAAAACCUCAACCCUCAACAGCCGUCGCAAAGCCAAAGUCUGCAGCAGCUCAAAGCCUGCUUGCGCAGCUCCAAUUACCGCCUUCAGUAUCUGCUAAAGUCGACAAAAUUAUUGCCAGCGGGGAUAAAGCUAGACGGACAAAACCGCAGGUUCGAACAAAAGCUCGGGAAGCAUCUGGAUAUUCAAACCGAAAAGCACCAAUUGAAGAUGACAAAGAUGGUCAUUUAAUAUAUUCUAAUGGAGAUACGAUAUUGGCAAGAUUCACAAUACAGGAUACACUUGGUGAAGGCACUUUCGGCAAAGUGGUUAAAGUCCACGAUGCUGCUGAGCAAUCACUGAUGGCAUUGAAGAUUAUCAAAAAUGUUGGAAAAUAUCGAGACGCUGCCAAAUUGGAGAUCAAAGUUUUGCACAAACUACGCGAAAAAGACCCGAAAGGAGAAAAAUGGGUAAUCCACCUUCAGGAAUCUUUUGACUAUCAUGGACAUAUUUGUCUUCUGUUCAAUCUUAUGGGCCUCAGCAUUUUUGAUUUCUUGAAAACAAAUCAUUAUCGGCCAUACCCUAUGCACCACACCCUUCAUAUAGCGUAUCAAGUCUGUAAUGCGGUCAAAUUUUUGCACGAUAACAAACUCACUCACACUGACUUGAAACCGGAGAAUAUCCUAUUUACGAACAGUUCAUACGUGACCGAGAUUCAUGAUCGCAAACCUGUAAGAAUAUUGAAAAACACCCAUGUACGGCUGAUCGAUUUUGGAAGUGCCACGUUUGAUAACGAGCAUCACUCGACCAUUGUUUCCACUAGACACUAUCGAGCUCCAGAAGUCAUCUUGGAGCUUGGAUGGUCACAACCAUGUGACGUCUGGUCAAUUGGAUGCAUUCUUUAUGAAUUGUACACGGGUGUCACGUUGUUCCAAACUCACGAAAAUCGCGAACAUUUGGCAAUGAUGGAACGUGUCUUGGGAGAUAUUCCUGUACGAAUGGCCAAAAAAACAAAGACAAAAUUCUUUGUCGAUGGAAGGCUUGAUUGGGUUGGAACUACUUCGGAUGCGAUGUACGUCCGUGAUAAUUGCAAACCAUUAAGAAGAUCAAUGCAAUCAACCGAUCCAGAACACGUUGAGCUUUUCGAAUUGAUUGAAAUGAUGUUGAUUUAUGAGCCAAGCUCUCGACUCUGUUUGAAGGAAGCUCUCGACCAUAGAUACUUCAAGCGCUUACCGGCGCAUUUAAAGAUUCCCAAUUCGUUGUCGAAAGGGUUCAACGGCGAUUCAUAA